CCAAUCUUUUUCUUCACUCUCUCUCAGGUCUCGACUUCACUAGUUCACUUCACUCUCCGCUAAUUCCAUUUCUUCCAUGGUACUUCCCAAAUUUGUAACGUUGAAGUUGUAACAUCAAAUCAAACUUCUUCUUCUGAUAAUAAUAAUAAUGGCUUCCAUUAACAACUUCAACCCUUUCGGUGGCAACUGGUUCAACAAACCCCAAAACCCUCUCCCUGCUGUCAACUUCAACAUCCUCGGAUUCUUCGAACAUAACGCCAACUCUCCGCCCUUCGCCGCCAUUGGCCUCCCGAGGUUCUUCCGCAGAAGGCCCAACAAGCCCAACAAUGGCGAACCUGGCCACUUCACUCAGAUGGCUCACCAGUUCUUCUGGGAAUGCGAGAACAUCCCUGAUUACAGGCAUACUCCGGAAGUAGAAAAGAUUCUAAAACAAGACGAGCUCAACCCCUACAUAGAGGAGAGGGAGAAUCCCACUGAGGAAGAGAUAAGGGAGAACGAGGAGUGGAUUGAGAAGUUGAAGAAUAGCCCUGUUAUGAAGUUUCUCUUGAGAGCCGAGGAGAUCAGGGACAAGAUGAACGAGCUUGAUUUGGAGGAGAACAAGAGACCUUACCACAAGGAGGAUUGGGAGGUGUGGAAGGCAGUGCCGCAUGUCACUGGCCCCGAUGGGCGACCGAUGCCUAGGAAGGCACUGAAGACCGAUAGUGAGGCCGAUGACAAGUUUUGGGACUUUGCAAGGCAGUUCUUCUUUGGGCUGUGGGGGUUCAGGCAGCGGCCUUACCCACCUGGGAGGCCUAGUGAUGCUGCUCAGUCAAUCGGGUACAAGAAUCUUGAGAGGCGAUACUAUGAUUUUAUCAUGAGGAGUGGUGGAUGGUACUAUAAGGACCGGCUAGGUCGUACACGAGGGCCUUUGGAGUUAAUUACGCUUAAAACUGCUUGGGGUGCUGGAAUUAUUGAUAAGAACACUUUCAUUUGGGGCGAAGAUAUGGAUGAGUGGGCUCCAAUCCACAUGAUUUAUGGAAUGGAGCGUGCAAUUGCUACUUGGGAAGUUAGACUUGCUGCUUCAGCAACGGCUUUUCUCCACAAACUUCAGAAGGGCAUACCGCCAUGGGUUCCUCUCAAGGGAUUUGAAAAGAAGACUUAUAAGCAGCUUCAAGAAGAGGCUAUAGAAAGCAAGAGACGUGAUUUAGCGGUGUUAGAAGCUAAUGAUGGUGUUUGGCCAGGAGUUAGAAUUCCAAGUCAUGCCCUAUUUCUUUGGGCUAGUGGCUCUGAACUCACCACUAUUUUGGAGGAGGAUCACAUGCCCAACAAGUACAUUCCUAGACAUCUUAGGUUGCAGUUGGCGAAAAUUAUUCCAGGUUUGAGGCCAUGGGAAGUUCUGAGUAUAGAACAAGCAAUGGAUCAAAUAACAUUUAAUGGCCAGUGGUACCGUGAACCACUCGGCUCAUUCCAGACUGGUCCGCCAUACAUCCAGCACUGGAAUAUGGACAUGAUGAGGUUAUAUAAGAUAUUCGAAGAUCUCAACGACGAGGUGUACGAAAACUUGGUGGAGAACCUCCCGGGAUUUGAGAAAAUUGCAGAGAAGGUUCAGAGAGAUUUUAGUACAAGAAUCAAUAAACUGUUGGAGAAGAGAGAAGCGGAGAAAAGGCGGCGGCGGCAGCUUGGCAGAUGAGCUGCAGUGGUCGCUUCUUGUCGCUUCUCUCACAUGACAUCGACAUAUUCAUUUUAGAGAUUCUGGUUAGGUCAUUAGCAAAAGACAAUUCACUUGCCCAGUUCAUGAUGAAAAUAAUGAUGAGAAGGCAAAUUUUAGGUGGAGAGGGAAAUCAAAGUGUAAGUUGUCACCAGUUAUUGUAGCUUCGGCUGAAAUGAUACUUUGGUACAUUGAUAUGAGGCCAUACUCUUUCUUUC